GAGCAGAGCAGGAGGCAUGGCGGCGGCGAAGAUAGCGCCGUCGAUGCUGUCGUCGGACUUCGCCAACCUCGCCGCGGAAGCCGACCGCAUGGUCCGCCUCGGGGCCGACUGGCUCCACAUGGACAUCAUGGAUGGGCACUUCGUUCCUAAUCUAACUAUUGGAGCUCCAGUGAUUCAGAGCUUGAGGAAGCACACCAAGGCAUAUUUGGACUGCCAUCUUAUGGUGACCAAUCCUUCAGAUUAUGUAGAGCCAUUAGCAAAAGCUGGUGCCUCAGGAUUCACGUUCCAUAUAGAAGUAUCCAGAGACAAUUGGCAAGAACUCAUCCAAAGUAUCAAAGCAAAGGGUAUGCGACCAGGUGUAUCAUUGAGGCCAGGCACUCCUGUGGAAGAAGUUUUUCCCCUGGUAGAGGCAGAAAAUCCUGUUGAAUUGGUUCUAGUUAUGACAGUUGAGCCUGGCUUUGGUGGCCAAAAGUUCAUGCCAGAAAUGAUGGAGAAGGUGCGUGUGCUGAGAAAGAAGUACCCAUCCCUUGACAUCGAGGUUGAUGGUGGUUUAGGCCCUUCCACCAUUGAUGUGGCCGCAGCUGCUGGGGCUAAUUGCAUUGUCGCUGGAAGCUCAAUAUUUGGAGCAGCUGACCCAGGAGAGGUCAUAUUGACACUAAGGAAGAGCGUUGAAGGAUCUCAGGACAAUAACUGAUUUUGUAGUUCUGUCCUCCGCUGGUUUGCUGGUUCUUCUGUAAACUAGAACUACUCUGCACUUCAUGUCGUCAUUACAUAUAGAGAGCCCCAGAUUGCACUACUGGAAUUGUUGAGCGUGAAUAAAAAUGUGCCCUUGGCACUGAUGUCACUAUUGUUGAUAAAUGUUAAAACUCAUGCAUCUGUUUUUGAUGA